CGGUAUAGGGAGAGAGUAAGUAAGUAAGUGUUGACACCUUUAACGACUUCUUCAUGAAGGUCUUUAUAAACCGAAACGAACACUUUGCAUACUUUAAUAACUCCAAAAAAGAUCCCUAUAGAAAAGGGGGUUUUGAUAACUUUCAACCUUUUCGUAAAACGAGCACGAAACAGCACCGCAAAAAAGCGCGAAAGGAUUAAUACAUUUUUGUUAUCUUCUUCCCACGUGAGCAGCUUACCAUUUUCUGAGAGAGUAAAAUAAACAAGGCGUAGCCCACUAUCCUAAGGAACCUCACAAAUGCCGGAUGAGUAAAAAACAUGAGGAAAGGUAUUGAAGGAUUCGAAUAACCUCAACGACAGCACCCAAAAAAGGAGCUACUACGUUCCGUUGUGUAAAGAAACGUCAAUAGCACGAGACCGCUACAACCCCGUCCUGUUCAACAGUGCUGUCAGCGCAGACGAGCAUCAAGUCGUGGCACCGACGUAAUUGCAGCCCAGAGAACACACGACUGUGCCGUUAUAUAAAUUUAAAAUGCCCUUGACGUCCUGUCUGUAGCUUGUAGAAUCAAAAUGACCAGGGUGGGAAAGAAGCAAGAUGUGAAGAAAAGUACAGAAACCUCCUUGGAAACACCACGUCUUGGUCAAACAAUUUCACCCUCUGCAGAGCCAAGAACUUCCAACGAAGUUCUCCAUGUCUGUGGGAAUUCGCCUUCAAUACAGCUAAGCCCCGGGGGAGCAAAAUUUCAUGUUGCGGACUUGAAACAGCCGAAGGACUGCAAGGGCCCUCUCGCAAAGUCAACAGAAAAGUCUAGUCAAAAACAGCAGUCUCCUCUGAUUGGCUGGUUAAAAAGACGCUCCGUCACCCGAAAUAAGAUGACUUCACAAAGGAAUGACAUGGAGCUGGGCCAAGGGGAAAAGACAUUGAAAAACUCUAGGUCAUUUCUUAGGGAGCGGUUCUUCACAUUGUCUCAGAGAGACAAGCAAGCUUUCAGAGUCCAGAUGUCCAUCUUGUUUCCCUGUGUGUUCAAACGUCCAUCUCUGAAGUUUGUUCAGCAAGCUUUGGGCGAGAUGAAGGAACACAUUGUCACCACUGUCGGUCACCUGAACCUUGUCAGAGAAAACCCAGCGUUGACGGAGUCCUUGGCUCAGCGCACCCUGUACAGGAAAGAGCUUAUAAACGAACACGGGAUGAAACCGUCAAAAGAGCUGGCACCUGGGCUGGUUCCGAUAUGCCAAAAGAAUUCUAGUUCCCAUAUGAUAGAGAGGAAAGCAAAUUCUCCGACAAGGGCAAAGAAAUCGUGUUAUCAGAUAAAAUAUAGAAAUAUGGGUGAAGAUCACGUGCAGACCUGCGCGGAUCAGAGUGAAAAGUUUGAGGAAAGUCAACAGGUGAGUUUUGAUUCGUCUCAUCGUAGAUCUAAGGAUGUAACACACACAGGAGAUGAUCCCAUGAGCUCUUUUAGCAGUAAACAGCCUAAUGCACCAAAGAUAGAAAACACACAAAGAAACUGGCGGCAUAACCUGAUGGUUAACUCAGAUUUGUAUUCGGGUGGGGAUAAUCGUGAGCGAUUGUGGUCUGUGCCCCAGACUGCUUUGAGUUCGGGCAUUUCUCCGGUAAAUCAGCCAGUCCGAGAAGGCAUUAGGCAACUAUACUGUCUCGAAAAUUCACCCUCCAUACCUGAAUGGUUUUCUAAUCUCUAUGGAAAAGGCUGUGUCUUAGAAUUGCAGCCGACAGUCCCGUCAGAUCUGUCGAUCCGAUCUGAUCAAGUGAAAAACUUCUUGAGAAUUCCUCUCCGUCUGGUGAUUCAGCCCGUCAAUUGCCGACUUCUGAGUACAGAUGAGGCCUCUAUGAGAUUCUACAUCAUAGUCACAGAGCAGGAGCAGCUCCCAACCACCCCUGAACCACGUGGUCUUCCGCCGACCCCAGUGCUGUCGUCAGACGGUAUAGCUCUUUAUCAGGUAAAAGACAUUGGGGGGUUUGAUGCCUGUAAUGAGAAGAUAUAUUCACGCACGCAGCUUCUGAGAAAACAUGGCAACAAAAGCGAAGGGGAUAAUGGAAGCAUUAGCGAGGAUAUCAGUCGAGAUUCGGGGAUUCCCGUGUCUUCUUCAGAUACGUUCUUCCCUUCUGAGAGAAAGAUUAGCUUUAGACACAGCUGGAAAUGGUUUGAUACUUCGAAGGGUGUAAAGAAAUCGGGUGUAAAGUCCGGAUGGAGCGUAAAAAGACUUAACCUACGACGUUUGCGCUCUCGUAGAAAGCAGUACACAAGGGGCCUGGUGAUGGAAAUACGGCACGGUAUUUUGUUCGAGGGACCCGCCAGGUGUGUUCACGUUGGGCAGAAUACAAGCUGGUGGCGGUGUUGGACAUUGAAAACUGCGAAAUCAAAGAACGUAGGUCUAUCAAAGGCGACACGGACACAAUGGUAUGUCGUUCAAUCCCCACCCCUCUGCUCCUCUGGAGAGCUCAAACCGGUGACUCCCAUGAUGCAGUAUGAUUUGGACAAAGCGUUUCCCCAGCCGUCUACCGAUGGGCUACAGACUGAGCCUAAGGACCUGAAAAAUAUGAUUAAAGGGAAACACAGUUUUGUAACUAAGUUAUCUAAAACUCAAAAUCACUCCUACCGUAAUAGUUCAACAUUAAAAGGUGGUGAGCAGAAGAGAUUGCAAGACACCAUAUCAAAAGGUAUUCCUUUAGGUAUGAAAAAUAUCAAGUUGAUAAAGAACCGGAGAAGAAGAAGCCAAGCUUGUUCCGGGGAAGGCAUGUUGUCAGAACGAACCGACCUACGUGGUGGACAAAAUCCCGCAAAAACUUAUGAGGUUGGUAUGGACAAAAUGCCAGCACAUACAAGUGAAAUGUUCCCAAAGGCUGAGAAGUCAAGUACGAAAGAAAAGGGAACUGAAAAGUCUGUUGUGAGAAAAAGGAAUCGAGCUGGUCACACAGGUAGAGUUGGAGAUAAAGGUGUUUCACAUCUCAAUAAAAGCAAUUCAUCGUUGCCACAACAGAAAGGUGUCUCUGAACAUGCAAAUGCUCAUGAUGAUGAUCAUAGUUUUGUAAUGGAUGCGCUCGAUUGCAUCUGUGAAGGAGCAGACAACUCGUCUGUGCAAACCUUAGACCGCGUCGGGAGAAUUGAAAAUGAUGGAAAAAUCGAAGAAAGAGAUUCGUUGCCUAAAACUGAGAAGAUCGAGAGAUCAGCUAAAAAAUGUGACCGAGUUAAGUUUUUUAAUCCUCAAGAUGAUUCUUUACAAAAACUAUGCAAGAAAAACGAUGCUGCCUCUUUCCAAGACUCUACAGGAAACAAAAGCAAUCCACGGGCAUCGUCCUCGUCUUUAUCCAAUUACUCAUCCUCCACCGCAACCUCUUUUCUAAUGCGAAAACACAGGCGAGAAAGCAAUGAUAUGGGGUACCAGGGGCACACCGAGAAGAUUUCAAGCAACAAGCAUUCGCUCUCUGAGUUUAUAAAAGAACAAUGGCGGAUUAUUAGUGAAGGUGACCCACAGAAUGUGGUUACACCAAAGUAUACACUGGACAUCCCAGGAAAAUCGGAUGGUUUGUUUAAACUCCAGAAGCAUCAACUGUCGCCAAAAAACCCACACAAACCAAUGGAAAAACAUUUACUGGACACUCAGAACGGAUGUGAAGAUCUAGAAUCAGAAUCUCAAGUGCAGCAAUUGAAUAAAGGGGACAGUAGUGAGGAGAGCUGCAAACAUAGAAAUGAGCAAGCAUUCGUAUCUGACAAUACGGUUAUCAGAGAGUAUACCCGAGAGCUGAUACAGAAGAUUCUAGAAAGGAGGAGAGGGUGCCGUUCUCCAAGCUCAGAACAGAAUAUAAAAAGUCCAAAAUCACAUGUGUCGUUUUCUACAAAGGACACUGUCAUAGAGGACAGAAUUUGCACAAAUUCGAAGAAGCAUCCACGCCCUGGAAAGUGCCGACAGUCAGUUGCGUCGUCAGAAUUUGAAUUCGGUAACCCGAUGAGUAUCUUCAAGGCAGAACAAAGUCGGAUUACUUGCCACAAUACUGUUUCCACAGAGCUGCUUAACACAAUUGAUGUCAGAUCGAUUUCCACUUCAACAAAAUCCAAACCUGAUGAGAUGUUCGAAGCUGGCAUACAGGGAAAUUUAUCAAACAGGCAGCUGUGUGCACAAGAGAAGAACGGGGUCUACGAGUUGUUGUCACCACUAUGGGAGCUCAAUCAAACAUGGUCAAAUAUGUCUCAGGAGGGAACUCACACCUCCUCUAGCCCGACUCCAGAAGAGGUUUUACCCUCACCACCUCGGCCCAAAAGAAAACGGUCCACAGACUCAGUAGAAGAGAAGAACGAUUCGGAAGGGGAACCUGAACGAUCUGGGGGCUCACAGAAGGAUGAUGAGGCUACGGCUGAGAUGCCGAAGACACAGAAGAGCUUGGGAAAGGAAGAGAAAACAUCCCCCUCCCGUCAGUCUAUUUCUACACGCACAAGUUCUCGGCGUUCGUCCACGGAUCCCGCUACCCAGCUCAAACAAAGGCUCGAGAAACUACCAGGAGGAUCAAAUGCCCCACAGCCUCAUUCAAGAAGUUCCCGAACACGAGAAAAUUCACACAGAGACCAAACUCCUAACCGCCCUCGAGAUUUAAAGCGUUCUUGUCUGUCAGCAGAUCUGCGAGAACUGGAAGGAAUUAUAGAGGCAUGGCUUUUGUCUACUCUCUCAAAGAAUAGCAAAAGACAAGGAAAGCCCGGCUCUCCUUGCUCUGAAGAUGAAAACGGUCGAGGAUCUGAGAGAUCCGAAACUUCCACGAAAGCUGACAGUCAACUUCCGAGAAAUGCUGCUCUCAGAUCUAGAGCUAAAGGUGAUCCCAAGUAUGACAAAAGCUCCCAGAAGGAUUCUCGACUAAGAGAAUACAGUUCUGAAGAAGAGAAGGCGCUUUCUAUAACUGAAAGUGACCAUUUAUCAUUACACUGCUCUUGCAAGGAAUCAUAUACAAGUUCCGAGGAAGGAAAAGUGUUGUCUAAAGCCAAACGUCACCCACGAUCAUUUCAUUGUUCUUGCAAGAAAAUCCGUGCCACGAACGAAGAGAAAAAAAUAACGUCUAAAACCAAAGAAGUACCAAAACCGCACCAACCUCCUUGCAAAGAAUCAUGUACUGGUUCUGAAGACGAAACACUUGUGCCUAGGCAUAAGAGCAGCUCAAAGUCUUUCCAAUGAUCCUGUGAGAAAUCCCGGAGAAGAGGCAACGAUGAUACUGAGGAACAGACGGAUCUGCAAAGAAAACAAAGAGUAUUUGAAGACGCUCUGCUCGGCUAUCGACUUGCACGAGCGGCGGCUUGCUUCCGCCAUAUUGACACAAAAUACAACAAGGUCUGUUACCCUGAGACGGACUUUCUCAUACGCUCUUCACUUCCCCACAGCUGGGAGACAAAUGAAGAACAGCUCUUGGAUGACACGUGGGUUGAUGUUAGGGAAGUGAGACAUCAAUCUUCCUCUGAAUUUACUCGGCAAAACGAAUUCGAGCGCAGGAAUGAAUGCGGAAAGGAAACAAGGAGCUGGAGGGACAAACCCGCAUUUACAGAUGAACGUGACACCAAGUACCCGAGCGACAAGGAAAAAAUACGGGUGUACCCUGGGUCUCAUCCUAUCCAUCAGCUUAACGAUAUCGAGUGCUCGUCCGGUGCACAAUCUGUAAGAAAUCAAUACCCAUACCGUUAUACGCAGUCGCCCCCGUGUGGGACACAUCGCAAAGAUGCAAGCAUGUACACUGACCGACUGUAUGACGAGAGAGUGCGACCUCAUUCCUGUGACCCCCGUCCUCCUGGCUAUUCCGCCUCAGUCUCGCCUGGCACGUCUUUUAACCAUGAACAUCGGGACUAUUUAGAUAAAGCAGACUCUGCCGAUGAUAUAAAAUCCUCAGAUGCUCUUACAUCUUCGCAGGCAGAGGCUCUGGCGUACAUCAACUACAUGUGCAGCUCCGGGCGUAUGGAUCCUAAAGCGGUUGCUGAUUUCGGAAAAGGAUUUGCGAGAAAUCCUGACAGUAAGAAGUACGUCAUGGAUCCGCCCAAGCCAGAAAAAGCUAACCGAAUCCUCGAUACCGGAGAAGACCUCAUUAGCCCAAAUCGUUCUUGGUUUUCUGAAAAGGAUCAUCCAGCGCGAAAUAAUUGCAAACACAAAUGCAGCUGCGAGAGGAAUAAUGAGGCGGAGCAAACAAACUAUUUUCCUCCAUUAAAAGAUAAAAGUAAAGUAGUAAGUUCGAGGACAAUUGAAAUUUGUAAACCAGAAACGACAAACAAAGGCCUGCAGCUCAGCAUGGAAGAUUCUGAAAAUUCAGAUGCGCAAAACGUUGAUGAUAGCGAGGAACUAAAAGGCGAGGAGCCAAAAGUGGAUCAUGUAUGUUGUUGCUGCUGUUGUUGUACUGACACACCUGUCACUGGCUGUUUGCCAGACAGUCGUACAAAUGAGGAGGAUUUCUUAACAUGGCAUCAUUCUCAAAGGCAACCAAGUCGACCUCAGCAGCCAAAAGAAUCCCAAAGAGCCAAACAUGUACAAAGUGAAGAAGUACAGUGCAGUCUGAAGGAAGAAAGGAAAAUUGCGGAUUGCAACAACUAUUCGCAAGUCAUUGGCGUAAAAUCAACGAAACAGAGACACAGACAUUGUUCCAAUAAGAAAUGUCAGGUUGGCAGUCCGCUGAAGCUAAACACUACUUGUGUACCCAAGGACGACGGAAAAGCUUGCAAAUUCAGUACUCAAAAAAUGUGCACGUGCACGUGCAAACCUUUGAGUGAAAUGGUCCUACACAAUGACGCUUCCGCUGAAAAAAUGUGGGGAGCUACUCCUGGACCACCCUGUGGGGGAUCUUGCCGAGUGGUAAAUGAGGAAACUGCCGGUCCUCACUCUAAGCGCGGCAACUAUUACAAUCGAGUUAACGAUUUGACAACUGAACCUCAGAACUUUCCGUCGCACAAUGUGAAAGAUGCUCAAGGUGCUCAUUGCUGCUGCUGCUGCUUCAAUACAGUAGGUAGCUUUAACCGCCAAGUUUCUUCUCAGAAAACAGACAAAGAGAAGGGAAAAAGCGACAAAACUGGUAAGGAUAUUUCGAAAGCAAUAUCUUUAAGCCAAGACUCAUUACUCGAACAGGGUUCUACUCUGGAUGCCUGCUGUCUUGACAUAGACUCUAGCCAGCUGGAUCGCUCUCCGAUUGUUCACAUACGUUAUCGGUCCCGCCCGGUACCGGUCUCAGCUAAAACGGCUGUAGAUAAGCGAGUGCCUGACCCUACCAAGCCUACCUGCAACAUUAAUGGAAGCGGCGCUACCUCAAGUGAGAUGAGGGCUUCUCUCAAAAAGCACAUUGCAGAGAUACUUCAGCAAACAAGAGAGAUUCAGAGAACGGCAAAUGAAAUCCGUGGAGGACGAGGACAUUGCAAAGAAAAACCUUUCACUUCGAGAAAACCGGAGGACAUUUUUCCAUGUGAUCAUGGUCAGAGUACUAAUCAAAAUGGCAAUGCCAACAGUUUGGAGGGUGACACAUCGGAAGACGAAGGCAACACAUUAAAUCCGGAAUGUCAGUUAACUAAAUCACAACCAAGAGCGACAGCUAUACUUUAUAAAGAACAAGGGACCUCGAAGAAAGAACUGCGAGGUACACUGAGUUACUGUCAGGAUCAGAACACAACAGGAAGAACAGUACUGAAGAAUGUUUUGACUUGCAAGUCGCAGCUACCAGGGCACUCUAGGUGCAGCCCUGUAAACGUGUCCAUGAAAAAUGGCGAUAGACGGAAUGAAAAGGUAGCUUUAGAUGAAAAUCCAUCUGCCAUAACAGCCGACGCUGCGAAAAACAUCGAAAGACUUUCAAAUUACAACAAUAAAUCUUCAAACCCACAUUCCUUUUCAACAAAUAAUAGGUCUCGUAGUUUUGCUUUAACGCGUAAAUCGUCCUCCAAAUGCCAGCGCAAAGCUAUGGUAUCUAUUUUGGACCCAUAUGAAGAGACACUGCAAUAUCUACGUAAACACGAAGAGGAGCUCUCAAAGCCCCAUGAGUCAAAACGAUCAUUUCUGAGUCACCCACAAACCUCUCAUGUCGAAGCUCUUGAAUUAAAAGAAACUAAAGUUAUGACUCCUGCUUCAAGUAUACGAAAGAAGAAGUCAUUAACCUCGGAUAUUACAUGCACUAUUGUUCCGUUUGGAAAUAUAAGAAAUUCAAGUGUUCCAAAAGAGCAGGGACAAUGGACGGGAGGUGAUAAGGUUAUGGAUGUUAGGCAAACCGAAAUACAGGUUCGGGGAAACAAUCUUUUACUCCGUAACCCAGAACUUUUCAAAGAAGGGCUCAACGACAUUGGCUCUGUGAAGUUUCCCCCUUUGUUUAGUGCCGUUGAGCAACCGUUGCUAUCCCAGCUCAGGGGGCCCAUCUACCACAGCGGAACUGAGAACGCCACUGACCUUGAUGACGGUGUCUCACUCAUUGUCAACGACAGCAAGGCGUCCAGUCACGGCAUCGAGGAAAUACCGCUUGACACGGUGUCUUCUGAUAAAUCAGUCGAUGCGGCAUUGGCUCAAAUACAAACUAAUACGUCUAGGCCAACGACACAGCAUUCAGUUCAAGGCCAAACUGAGAGCAAAAUUGCGAGAAAAUGUUUUAGAUGCUUACAUGGAAUAUCAACACUGACUGUGAGAGAAUCAAAUUCUCCCAAAACAGGGGGGUCUCCUCUUUGGACAAGCAUCAGCUCCAGAGACAGUGAGCUUGCAGAUUGUGAAACUCUUCCAGUAGCGGACGCACAUGUGAAUGUGAAAGGUUGCAAGUUCAGCGCCUCAGCUAGCAUACCCGUGAGCAGGAGAGAAGAGAAAAAGCGAACCGCAUCAAGCGAAACCAGCGACACAUCGAGUAACCAAGGAUCAAGAUUUGCUAACGCCAGUCCCACACGGAGUCCCAGUAGCCUCAUCUCUCAGGACAGAGUCCUGACGCCGUCCAUACUGAGAGUUAAAGCUUGUGAACAACAGGUUCCCGGGAGAAUGACAGAUGUAACAAGAGUGGCAGAUACAACAGCAGAGGUCGAUACAACAAGUGUUGCUGAUGUUGCAAAUCAAGUGUUUGGUACCACAAGAGUGACAGACGCAUCUAACAUGGUAACUGCAAGAAUGAAAGAUAAAACAAAGGUGCCAGAUGCAAUAGAAGUGUCGUGUGCGGAAGGAGGAGUUGGUGUCUCAAAAGUGGCAAAUACACAAAGAGUGGUUACUGUAACGGCACCCAAUGAAAUGAAACACAUACCUGAGUCCAAGAAAGAUUACCUUUUUCGACCAGUUUCAAUCGAUAUAUGGACCUCUACAGAUUGUCCGAAGCAACGAAAACAGUUGCCCGAGCUUACAGAAGGCAAUGACAUUGGCUCUGGGGACAAACAACAUAAAGUAAACAAUAUGUUGCAGGACGAAGUAAGCAAAACUGAAAUAUCCAUAAACAGAAAAACAGACGGAACUCAAAGAAUGGUUAGCCUUGGAGUCGCAUCGGCUGAACAUCACCGUCCCUUUGUUUUAGAGAAACAUGUUUCGGGUGACGCAAGGCAGAAUCGGCCAAUAGCGCUUAGCACGAAUGAACGACAAAAUCAGAGUCUGGAGGGGGUUUCAUCUCUUCGUGACAAGUUGUCUCUCCCAUCGGUCCGACGCCCUCUCCCGUCACUGCAAUCUCAACACAGAGGCGAAAACAUUACAGUCACAGUUGACAGUUCAGUGUGCAAUGAGCGAUGCGUACAACAGGCAGCAGUUUUACGAGGGAUCAACAUAAACGAAUGCGACGUGACUAUUCUAGCGUCUCGGAAGAUGAAAGAUAAUGAUGUUUCCACCUCCAGUUCAACGCAAGGUAUCUUUGAUGCAAAUUCCACCAAAUCUUUGGUGCGAGGUAAAUCUCUUGGAAGGCAUAAACCUACCAGAAAUAGCGCAGUCAAGACUUUCUCUAAAAGACAAUUGCCAACUCCGUCGAAGAUUUCAAGCGACGUGAGCCAGUGCCAUCUGUCUUCACCAGCUAGACUCCAGAAAGAAUUGACAACACAACCAAAGCUGCCUUCUCAGCUUUCUAACCAUACUAACUCCCCUACUAAGUCCAAGGCGGCUUCCACAGAAAUGCGAGAAGGGAGAAGCCUCGAAAAGGCAAAGUUUACUCUCUCAACAGACGCUAAAGUCGCUUUCGAUCACACCAAACACUGGCAUAUAUCCAAAGUCAGUGUUGGCCAGGUGACCAGUGCAAACGAGGGCCGUGUUGUCAUCGAUGGAGUGCACACUGAGUGCUUCAAUCAGACGACAACGGGGGAGUCGGAUCAUCAUCUUACGCUCGAUGAGAAGAAAAAACCAUCUUCCAUUAGAGCAGAACAGGGGUUUCCUCAGAAAGUGGAUACUUUUGGCUUCAGAAUAAUUUUGUUCAAAACAGAAAAUUCUGAAAGCAGUCCGUCCCAGGUGUGUGGGAGUUACAUGCGUCAGAUGAACUCAGUAAACCGGUUCUUCAAAUGGCGAGUGACUGGAGUUCAGGUGAUCAACCAGUAAACGUUUCACUGAAUACCUUUACGACUCCGGGGAAUGCAGUGAUGAUCCUUCUCUAUGGAGAUUGUAGAUACUUCCAAUAACCCAGACCAGCGUCUGUGGUGGAACUAUUACGGUCUUCGCAGAUGCAAGCAAAUGAUAACGAUGCCUAUUCCCUCGUGCAUGUCUCCGUAUUUCUGCUUUGAUACUGCAUCCCACUCAACCGAGGCCGGCCCUUAAAGGCAGAGCCCUUAAAGGCAGAGUUUGAGCAGCCAGGGACUAAGUAUUACUACUGAGACGAAGGUUACCAAAACAUUUACAACCAACCAACUUUUAUCGAAUUCUUUGUUUUGAGCUCAACACCUUUUCUGUCCAUAAAAGAAUACAUUUCAGAGUCUGUGGAGAUUUUUUUUACUGAAAAACUUUGAUCAAAGGCAUAAAGAAGUACAUAAUUUAUAGCUCACAAGGACACUGCAGUUUGAAAGUCUGGCCGCCAUGUUCAUGUUUAUUUCUAACUCUGACACCAAGCGACUCCCACCUCCUUCAAUUGCAAAUAU